GGAUGAGUGAGGGAAAUGGCAAAACUGACCAUUGUUGAAGCAGGAGCGAGUGAUUGCAGAACACCCAGCGCGAAUGAGAAUGGAGGAAGCCCUUGCGGAACUGGAGCGAGUCCAAACCCAGCUCCUGCAACGCAUAUCGAAACUGGAGCGUUCGCAUCUUCCAUCACCCUCUUCCCAAAACGACACCGUCGAAGACACUGCCACGGACACCGUGGCUCGCCUCUCCUCCAUUCUGCGCAGCAACGGCGUUCCCGAUUUCUCCUUCAAGAGAGUCCCUUCCGAUUACUACGACUGGCCCCUCGAAGCCCGUCGCGACGCCCUCUCCGCCGCCUCAAUCCACCAUCUCUGCAAAAGCAUCGUUCUCGUUAACACGCAAGCCCCCGCCAACGUCGUCGAUUGCAGCGACCGCAAGAAUUCCAAAUACUAUGUCGUUGUCGUUCAGUACACCGCUCGCUUCAACGCUGAGGCUGUCAAGAAUUUUCUGUAUUCGCUCAACAAUGGAAGUAUCGCGAAGAAGAAAUUCAACAUGAGGCUAGCUCCUGAGGAGACAUCAAUGGAGUUGACUGGAUAUGGGCACAAUGCAGUGACUUGUAUUGGCAUGAAAACAGACAUCCCGGUGAUUUUGGAUGAAGCAAUUGUAAAACUAACUCCAGAUUUCUUUUGGUUGGGUGGUGGUGAAGUUGAUCUGAAGCUAGGGAUCCGAACAUCUCAAUUAAUCAAAUUUAUCAACCCAUUCAUUGUCAACUGUAGCAGUAAUUGAUUUUGUUGAGCAGCAUGUGGUCACCAUAAUUGAGUUUUCAUGGAGAGUUACCAUUUUCAGCUUUCCAUUUUUGGUUUUUAUAUUAUUUGAAUUAUUGCCCCUUCAGUAAGAUAUUUGUUUUUUAUGGCCAAGUUUUGCGGUUUACUUGAGCCAUUAUCAUUAUCUUUUACAAGAUUUGAUGGCAACCAUCGUCAUGUUUGUUGAAAGUCAAUAACAUAAUCAGAAAUAGACGAUAAGUUUGGCUUUAUGAUUAUGAUUGAAUCAUUUCA